CUCGAGCGGCUUCCUUCCUUCCGGUUCCUCAGCCGUUGCUUCCGGUCGGAGUCGGGCUCGUAAUGCGACUGUCGCUGGCUGCCGCGAUCUCCCAUGGCCGCGUGCACCGGCGGCUCGGGCUCGGGCCGCGCUCGCGCCUCGACAUGCUGCGGAACCUGGUGACGGCGCUGGUGCGGCACGAGCGCAUCGAGACGUACUGGUCACGCGCGGACGAGAUGCGGUUCUACGCGGAGCGGUUGAUCGACUACGCCAAGCGGGGAGACACGGACGAGAAGGCCAUGCGCAUGGCUGACUUCUGGCUGACGGAGAAAGAUCUCAUCCAUAAGCUGUUUAAACUGUUGGCUCCCCGUUUCCAGUCUCAUUCUGGGAACUAUACACGACUGCUUCAGAUCCCCAAUCGAGAGAACCUGGAUCGGGCCAAGAUGGCUGUGAUUGAAUACAAGGGGAAUCCUUUCCCACCACUCAUAGUUCUACACAGGGCCAAUGAAAAGACCUUACUCAAUCAGCUUCUGAAAGGCUACCGUGAAGACAUAUUAAAGACCAGAGCUACCCAGGUCCCAGAGGGGGCUGCAGCCUCACUGCAUUCAGGGACUGCAGUGUAGUGCAGCAUUCUCUUCCCUCUUUGAUCGUAGAGGGUGAAUGGGGAAUCUAUACAUUGGGACACAGAGGAAAUUCCACUGAAGAAAGGAAUCAGAUCCUCAAACUUAAAUACUUGCCUCACGUGAGAGCAAUGGGUUCAGUUUCCAGACUUACUUUGCAGGUGUCCUGGUUUCUAUUCACAGUUCCUGAGGCCUGGGUUUGAUUCUUGGUCUUAUUCUGUAGGAUUAUGCCUGAAGCAUGCUGUGGUAUAAGUAGAAGUCCAGUUGGAGGGGUAAAUGAUGCUGUGUAACCUAACCCUUGAUAGUCUCUGUAAAUAAAUGCAGAAAAGGAA